UCAAAAAAAAAAAAAAAAAAAAGAUACAGACAGGGUGGUCUGGAAGGGUCCAGAGCAGGAGCUUCUAUCUCUGCAGAGUUUGGGUUACGUCACCCUCUGGGCACAUGGAUGAGUUCUUCACCUUCUGUCAGCCUCCACGUGUUGAGCUCUCAGAAGCUCCCCGAACCCUGUCCUUUGGACCUUUUAUGGAGAACUCCAUUGGCUGUCCAUGAUUGAAGCAUGGACAACUGUGAUAAUGUGACUGGGCAAAAAGGGUCUGAUCUAAGCCUAGCAAGGCUGGUCCAGAUUCUUUGGGCCUUGGUGCAGCAUUCCUUUCUCCAGGGUAUGGGGCAAGGACCCACUCUGGAAUGAGGAUCCUACAACCACAAUCAGAUUAGAGUCCUGCCUUGGGCAGCUGAAAAGAGGACAGGAGAAGGUCAGAGAGAGGAGAGGCUGUUUUUUGACGCCUGAGGUGCCCCAACAUUACAAUGAAAGACUAACCAUGGUCAUGUGAGUUAUGAGCUAGGAACUGUGGACAAAACCAACACAUAUACAAUCAUCUCCCACCUCCUAGCGCCUUUACUUUCACAGCCUCUGCAGCAAACUGUGGUCACUAUAAUUGCUCCGGUGGCACAGAGGCAUACCCAGGGGAAUCUUCCCGGGGGGCUACUCUGUGCGCACGUGGGAACCCACACCUCCCCUCCCUCUGACCAGCAACCAGGACAGUUUGGUGUUCCAAGCAGUGGGCUCAUGUCUGUUUUGGCUCAGAACAGGGUGGGGAGAUCGGGCCAGGGACCCGCAGGAGGGUUUAUCCUUGAGAUUGCGUGGGAGACACAACAAGGGGUGGGGGCCUGCGGGCGGGGCGGGGCGAAGCAGGUGAUAUCCAGCCCAGAGCCCCAGCCUCUCCCCACAGUCUCACCAUGGCCCGCACCGUGGUGCUUAUCACCGGCUGCUCCUCGGGCAUCGGCCUGCACUUGGCGGUACGUCUGGCUUCAGACCCAUCCCAGAGCUUCAAAGUAUAUGCUACAUUGAGGGACCUGAAAACACAGGGCCGGCUGUGGGAGGCGGCCCGGGCCCGGGGAUGCCCUCUGGGAUCCCUAGAGACGUUGCAGCUGGACGUAAGGGACUCAAAAUCCGUGGCCGCUGCCCGGGAACGCGUGACUGAGGGCCGUGUGGACGUGCUGGUGUGUAACGCAGGCCUGGGCCUACUGGGGCCGCUGGAGGCGGUGGGGGAGGACGCCGUGGCCUCUGUGCUGGACGUGAACGUGGUGGGGACGGUGCGGGUGCUACAGGCCUUCCUGCCAGACAUGAAGCGGCGCGGUUCGGGACGCGUGUUGGUGACCGGGAGCGUGGGAGGAUUGAUGGGGCUACCCUUCAAUGACGUUUACUGCGCCAGCAAGUUCGCGCUCGAAGGCUUAUGCGAGAGUCUGGCAGUUCUACUGCUGCCCUUUGGGGUCCACUUGAGCCUGAUCGAGUGCGGCCCAGUGCACACCGCCUUCAUGGAGAAGGUGUUGGGCAGCCCAGACGAGGUGCUGGACCGCACGGACAUCCACACCUUCCACCGCUUCUACCAAUACCUCGCCCACAGCAAGCAGGUCUUUCGCGAGGAGGCGCAGAACCCUGAAGAGGUGACGGAGGUGAGCGCGGGGCUGGACUCCGGGAGCCGGGGCGGUGCGUCCUCCAGCGCGCAUUGGUGGCCAGAGCGCUCCUUCCGCUGCCGCAGGUCUUUCUCACCGCUUUACGCGCCCCGAAGCCGACCCUGCGCUACUUCACCACCGAGCGCUUCUUGCCCUUGCUGCGGAUGCGCCUGGACGACCCCAGCGGCUCCAACUACGUGGCCGCCAUGCACCGGCACGUGUUCGGCGACGAUCCAGCAGAGGCCGAGGCUGGGGCCGGGACUGGGGGCGGGGCCGGGCCCAGUGGGGUGGGGGACCCUGAGCUCGGCGAUCCUCCAGCCGCCCCGCAGUAAAGUCUUCCUCAGCCGCUGUCUCCCUCGCCCUUCUUUGUCCUCUGGGUCUGUGUGGUCCCUGGGGACGGGGCGGCGGUGGUGGUGGUGGCGGCGGCUGUGGGUGGCUAACUAAGAUACAUCGCCUUAGCCAGUUUUACCAGAGCAGCUAGGCACAAUGGCUGUCGCCUGUAAUGCCAGCGCUUUGGGAGACGGAGACAGGAGGAUUGCUCAAGCCCUGGAGUUGGAGACCAGCCAGAGCAACAUAGUGAGACCCCUAUCUCUACAAAAAUAAAAAACUUAAAAAUCA